AUGGCGUCACUCAACGAAGAAGACGAGCUCGCCAUGAGCACCGACGAGCUGCUCCAAGCUCAGGUCGAGCUCUACCACCACUGCUUCGCCUUCGUCAAGUCAUUGGCCCUCAAAGCCGCCACAGACCUGCGCAUCCCCGACGCCAUCCACCGCCGCGGAGGCGCCGCCACCCUGUCCGACCUCGCCGCCGAGACCGGGAUCCACCCGACGAAGCUCUCCAAUCUCCGGAGGCUCAUGCGCGUGCUCACCACCUCCGGCGUCUUCUCCGUCGUCGAUGACUCCGCCGGCGUCGUCUAUAGGCUUACCCGUGUCUCCCACCUCCUCGUCGGGGCAGGCGGACGCCCGAACCUAUCCCCUGUGGUGGGGGCGUUCGUAAGCCGGUCCUUCGUGGCCGCGCUCUUUAGCAUGCACGAGGGGUUCACCAACGAGCGGGCGGCGGCCAUGUCGCUCUACGAGGUGGCGCACGGCAGCACGAUUUGGGAGACCACGGUGACAGGCCGAGGCAGCGAAAUCUUCAACGCCGCCAUGGCCGCCGACAGCCGGUUUACUAUGGACAACCUCCUGAGGGAAGAGUGCGGCGGCUCCAUUUUCGGAGCCGUGAAGGGAUCACUGGUCGACGUCGGUGGUGGCCAUGGCGCCGCCGCGUCAGCCAUCGCGAGCGCUUUCCCACACGUGAAGUGCACCGUGUUGGACCUCCCUCAUGUUGUCGCUGGGGCUCCUGCCCAUGACAAUGUGACCUUCGUCGCCGGCGAUAUGUUUGAUUACAUCCCACCAGCGGACGUUGUUCUACUCAAGUGGAUUUUGCAUGACUGGAAUGACCAAGAUUGCGUCAAGAUACUGCGGCGGUGCAAGGAAGCCAUCCCGACGAGGGACGAAGGAGGAAAGGUGAUAGUCAUCGAUAUGGUGGUUGUUGGGUCCGGGGAGUCACAGGGAAUCGUCUCCACGGAGACCGAGGUUUUGCUCGAUGGCUUCAUGAUGUGCAUGGACGGGAUUGAGCGAGAGGAGCACGAAUGGAGGAAGAUUUUCGUCGAAUCUGGGUUCACCGACUACAAGAUUGGUACAACAAUGGGAAUUCGACGACUUAUCGAACUCUAUCCAUGAUUUGAAUUUGUACCAUUCACCAUGAGUUGUAGUAGCGGUUGCAUUUCCGUUUGAGUAUGUAUUGUUCCUCUUUUAGGCUGAUUCUACGCUGUGUAUCUUUCGCCAAUUUAGGAAUUAUAUUAAUAAAACAUCGGGAUACGGAAUUUUAUCUAAA